UAGGGUAAAAAGAGGAAACACAUUGUUUACCAUGGCGACGAGGACGCUACAUUUUGUUGUUAACAGAUGCAGAGUGUCCGUAACAUUAUUUCUAUUAAUAUAUAUAGAUUUGCUUGACUGCCAGCAGUUUAUCAUCCCCUACAAAUCUCCCUCGGAUUGCGGCGUGGAAGAAUUAUUCGAUAUCUCGAGUCUGUUGUGUGUGAGCUGCGGUCCAGAUCAGAGACGGAGCACAACAGGACUGAGCUGUAUUUGCAAAACUGGAUACCAAACUCUCACCACUGAUAAGACAUCCAUUACUUGUCAGCUAUGUCCUGCUGACAAACCUGCAGUAACAAAAGAUGGGUUUGGGUGUAUUCGCUGUCCUGGUAGUCUCAGUGAUGAGGGGACAUGCCAGUGCCCACCAGGCAGUAUCCUGGUGGAGAGAGGUGACAAUGGAACCCUUUUGGAUGCAGCCAGGUGUGAAAUGUGUAAUGGAAAUAGCCCUGCUUUGUCUGUACCAAACAGCAGUGGAAACAGGUGUGAAAGAUGUCAGGCUUCCUUCAUUGCCACCUCCUGUGAGUGUAACCCUCCAAACGUCCUGGGAGGAGGAUUAUGUUUCCCUUCAGACGCCCUCUCCACCAGUGUGAAUCCCAGUGUCAGCUAUGCUCAGUUGAAGCUCAGUCUUCAGUCUGCCUGGUUUGUGCAAAACCUCUACUCCACAUCAGCAGCCUGCCUUGCCUUCUCUAACCUGACGGCAUGCCAGGCUCUCGGGAACAUGUGUGUGAUGAACAUGCAUUCAUUCAGCGGCAUAUCCACUGAUGCCUGUGGUCUCUUUAAUGCCAUUUAUAAAUCAAGGGCUGCUGCAAGCUCAACUCAAGACAUUUCCUACUGGAGAGCUAAUCUGCCCUGGCUUUACUAUGGGGAGGAGCCUGGACUGGCCAGUCGAGUGCUUCAGACCAAUCCUGUUCCCAUUGGAUUCAGUUUCCGAGGGCCAAAGAAAAACAUUGACAUUAAGCUGCGUGCUGCUGUCUAUAAUGUCAGAGGAGAGUUCAUCAGAUGGGAACUAGUAGGAGGAGGUAAUCUCCAGCUGUGUCCAGAAAGAGCCACCAAACAGGCAGCAGCCUUCAGCUUUGGAACCUCUUACCAGGAAAGUUGUGAGCUUUCAGUAGAAAAGCUGUUGGAUACCCAUCCUGAGCCAUUGUUCUACGAUGUGUUUAUGGACCUUGGUGGAGAAAAGGACACAAAACUUCUCCCUCUGCCCACACUAGUCUAUAACCAGCAAUACAAUGGACGGUUCAUCAACCAAGAGAACAUAAAGGAGUGGUACCUGUCUCGACGGAUGUUUCUUGUUGACACGCUGAGCGGAAGAGAGAAGAGUACGAGUUACCAGCCUAAAGUCAUCCGUGUGGCCAGCAGUGUCAAAAUUAGGUUCUUGUUGGUUCCGCGAACCCAGGAAGGACAGGUAUAUCCCCCUCUAAUGACUGUGACCUACAGUGACAUUCUCCUCACAGAUAUCAAGACACAGACUGUGUCUACCACUUUUGCUGUGGAAUAUGAGAUGGAUCAGAGUGAGGCUCGCCUAAAGGAAGAUACUGCUCUGGGUGUGAUUGGUGGCGUGGCCGUGCUUUACUCUCUCCUGAAAACAGUCAGCUGGAAGAGGAGGAUUGCCUCUCCUCUCAUUGAUCUGGGGACUGUGCUGAAGUUUCUGUUGUUUUACGCUGGAGAUCUGGCCAACGUUUUCUUUGCUGUCACUGUGGGAAUUGGACUUUACUGGCUCAUCUUUUACAAGACAUUAAAGGCCCAGCAGUUUGUAUCAGUGCUGUUACCGCUGCCUGAUCAGGAGAAACAGUUUGUGACGUACAUUGGUUGUGCCUUCGCUCUCAAGGCUGUCCAGUUUCUCCACAAGCUGAUUGUUCAGGUGUCAGUCGACGUGUUCCUUAUCGACUGGGAGAGGCCACGAAGCCAAGCUAGCAGGACUGUGCAAGCUUCUGGUGAGGCGAAACGUGACACUUCUCCGAUCAGCAUCUGGAGAACCUACUUUGUGGCCAACGAAUGGAACGAGAUCCAGACCAUCCGCAAGAUGAGCCCGACUUUUCAGAUCAUGGCUGUGCUCUUCUUUCUUGAAGUGCUGGGUUUCUCUAAUCUUGCCCUGAGGGACCCCUGGUCAUCUUUACAGCGCUCCUCACAGGCGUACACCCCUUCAUACAGCCUGACUCUGCGCUAUGGUCUGGCAGCCACUCUGUGGCUCUGUAUCGGACUCUUGCAGGUGAUUUUCUUCACUGUGUUUUAUGAGCGCUUUGUAGAGGACAAAAUCCGUCAGUUUGUAGAUCUCUGCUCCAUCAGCAAUAUUUCUGUUUUGCUGUUGUCUCACCGUUGUUUUGGCUACUACAUCCAUGGGCGUUCAGUUCAUGGGCAUGCAGAUACAAAUAUGGAAGAAAUGAACAAUAAUCUGAAGAGAGAGGGCGCAUCCCUGUGUGGCCAGAGAGGACUGCUUCCCAACACAGAUGUCCAAACCUUUCAGGUCUCUAUUACCAACCGUCUGCGGUUACAGUAUGACAGGAUACACGAGCCUUUCAAGAGGGGGAACACCCCAUCACGACUGACGGACGCAUCCACGGUCAAUGGGGUUGACAAAAUCAAGGCCUACUACACCAUGAACCACUUCCUGGGAUCCAUUAUAGACCAUGCCUACCCUGACAUGGACUAUAUAGUGAAGGACAAGCUGAUGUUGGAGCGGGUCAUAGGGAUGGAGUUCCUAGAACCCACUGAGAAAAGCAUCUUUUACAAUGAUGAGCCACACUCCUUCAGUGAUGUGCUGUUCUAUGGAAAUGAGGCCACGUUACUGAUCUUUGACACUUUGUUCUUCUGUGUUGUCGACCUCGGCUCUCAGAGCUUUGUACUUGCAGCUGUGCUUACAUACAUACAGCAAAUGAUAUUUUGCCUGAUCCGUGAUGUUCUCGGAAGGAAGAACCUCGCCCGCAAGACUAUGGUGGAUGAGAGAUUUCUGAUAUAAAAGUCCAUAAGUCCAUGCUAAGUAGUUGAUAGUGAGAGUGAUGUUUCUGCUCUUUUUUGUACUUGAACAUAUACAGCCUUUUCCUUGCAGUUUCUUGAUGUAAAUAUCAGUUUUUGUAAAGAUAUGGAUGUUUCUAU